AUGUCCGGCUCCACGUCUAAGCCACUUCUCUACAGUACUGUUCCACUAAGUUUCUGGGGCGGCGUGAACACCUCAACGGGCCGGAUUAUUGACCACACUCACCCUUUACAUGGUCAAUAUCUCGAAAACCAUGUUCUAGCGAUUCCAUCAGGACGAGGCUCAUGCUCUGGCAGCGGUGCGCUGUUAGAACUCAUUCUCAAUGGCUGUGGUCCGGCGGGCUUGAUCUUCCGCGAUCGAGAGGACAUUCUCACACUUGGGGUUCUGGUCGCGAAGAUCAUGUUUGAAAAGUCAAUACCGGUGGUCAGACUAAAGCAAACGAAAGAUUUCAACCAGCUAGGGACAGGAUUGUACGCAAGGAUUGAUGAACAUGAAGUCAGCUUUUCAAGGCAGCAGAUCCCAGGACGCUCGUCUACCUGGUUAGAUGUUGUUCGUCCGCGAGCACCUAGUCUGAGCACUAGAGACAAAGGAAUGCUUGAUGGUGAACAUGGCGAUGCUAUGAAAAUGGCAAUGGAGAUUUUGAUCGAGUUCGCGAAGGUUCAAGGAGCAGAAAGACUGGUAGAUGUCACUCAAGCACAUAUCGAUGCCUGUGUGUACAUCGGCUCCGCCGGUCUCCAAUUCGCGCAGAAGCUUGUCUCUAUGGGUGCAAAAGUCAGUGUUCCGACGACUCUGAAUGCCAUCUCAGUUGACAGACGCAGGUGGAAAGAAUUAGGAGUUACGAAGGAAGUGGCGCAACCCGCAGAGGCCUUGGCGCAGGCUUACCUGGACAUGGGUGCAAGUAUGAACUUUACUUGUGCGCCUUAUCUGCUAAAGACUGCGCCAGGUGUGGGUGAACAGGUAGGAUGGGCUGAGUCAAAUGCGGUCGUGUUUGCGAAUAGUGUUCUUGGCGCAAGGACGCAGAAGUAUCCAGACUUUCUCGAUGUUUGCAUCGCGUUGACUGGCAGAGCGCCUUUCUCGGGCUGUCAUACAAAUGAGGGUCGUAUGCCGAGUAUGGCGAUUACUCUGCCGGAACUGUCUAACAUAGAUGACUCUCUAUAUCCUGUGCUAGGAUAUUGUAUUGGUAAAGUAGCAGGACCAGAGAUACCCUACAUACACGGACUUGAAAACGCUACUCCACGUAUAGCAGAUCUCAAAGCUUUCGGCGCAGCUUUCGCAACAACAUCUUCCGCGCCUAUGUUCCACAUAAGAGGCGUCACUCCAGAAAACCCGAAUGUGGAUGAUAUUUUGUGGCGCAUGGAACACACCUCAGUGACACUCGAAGAGCUCGCGGCAUGCUUCCGUCAACUGACCACAGCGACCUCUUCCUCAGUCGACCUCGUGUCCCUGGGCAAUCCCCACUUCUCUCUCGAAGAAUUUGCACAGCUGGCUCGCUAUUGCUGCUUACCUAGUCAUAAAGAACACCCUAGAGUCUCAAUCAUCGUCACCACAUCCCGCUCAACACAAGAGCAAGCAGGACAUGCAGGCUAUCUGAAACGGCUGUUAGACUUUGGCGUCGAUGUAAUCACUGACACGUGCUGGUGCAUGAUUGAAGAACCUGUCAUAAAGAAGAACGUGAAGAAUCUGAUGACUAAUUCGGCUAAGUAUGCACACUAUGCUCCUGGUAUGGUGAAGAAGGGCGUUCAUUUUGGCAGUCUGGAGGCGUGUGUUGAGGCCGCAUGUACCGGUGAGGUCAAAGGUGACUUGCCAGGCUGGCUUGAUAUGUCGAGGGACACAGAAGGCCAGCCUUUGAGAGAUGAAGAAUAG